AUGGAUGCUAUGAAGAUGGUUUCUCCGGAUAACUUUCCUCUGAUCAGGUCUUCGCUUGAGUUGGUGGAGUAUAGGCUGGAGCAUAUGAAGGAGGUCUUCGUUCCACUUCUUUCUCGGAUUAACAAUACUUUACUGGACGAGAAGGGGGUGGAGCAGAAGCUGGCUGCCAUGGAGAAGGGGCUUGCUUCGAACCGGGAUGACAAAGAGGGGGGAAGUGAGGAAGCUCCUGGGACUUUUAUGGUGUUUUCGCUCGAGUACAAGUCUCUGGUGGCGAACUUGGUUGCUUUGGACAAGAUGUUUGUUGAGCAUGGUAUUCCUGCGUACGUGUCUCCGUUUUAUUCUACGGAGGAGAAGUUGAAUUCCAUGGAGGAUAUGCUUGUUUCUGAGAUGGAGAUGAUGAUGCUGAACGGGAGACCGGCUACUACGGAGGUCCAGUCAAGGUUUAAGCCUGUGAUGGAGAAGCUGGCUAUUCUGGAGAAGAUGUUUUCUGCUGCGACGCAGAAUGCUGCGAUGCAGAAAUCAUCACGCAAUUUGUAA